AACACAGAGUAAAAGGCAGCAGCCUUUUGAUUUCUCUCUCCUCCAUUUCCGCCAUCUCAACCAACUACUUCCAUUUCUACCAUUGUCAACGCACACUCUUCCUCAAUUCUCUCUCCUCCUUCAACAAUGGCGGCUAACUUACUCAAACUCUCAAUUUCUCUCUCCACCACCUUCCCUACCAUAACCACCUCUCGCCGCCGCUACAUCCGCCGAUCUCACUCCCGAACUCUCUCCCCUAUACAUCACAAACGUCUGAUCCAUACUCGCCGGAACGAUAAUUUCAUCGCAUCGAAAGCCGUUGAUACAAUUUUUCCGACCUCAAACUCAGCUCUAUCGCCGGAAAAUCGAAGUCCGGCGGAAUCCUCAUUUCUCCUCGACGUCGGCGGGAUGAUGUGCGGAGCGUGCGUGACUCGUGUGAAGAAACUUCUAUCUUCCGACGAACGCGUGGAGUCUGCGGUAGUGAAUAUGUUGACCGAAACUGCCGCGGUGAGGCUGAAAUUGGAGGUUUCCGGCGGUGAUUUUGUGGCGGAGGAAUUGGCGCAGAGGUUGAAUGAGUGUGGAUUUGAGGCCAAGAAGAGAAGUGCUGGUAAUGGAGUAGGAGAAAGAGUGAAGAAGUGGAAGGAAAUGGCGGCGAAAAAGGAGGAGAUGGUUGAGAAGAGUAAAAAUCGAGUGAUUAUUGCUUGGACUUUAGUUGCUCUCUGUUGUGGUUCUCAUGGUGGUCAUAUCUUACAUUCCCUUGGAAUUCAUGUUGCUCAUGGAGGGAUUUGGGAUGUGUUGCAUAAUUCGUAUGUGAAGGGUGGUUUAGCUUUGGGAGCUUUGCUGGGACCAGGAAGAGAAUUGCUGUUUGAUGGUCUUAGGGCAUUUUCCAAGGGUUCUCCGAACAUGAAUUCUUUAGUAGGAUUUGGAUCUGUUGCCGCAUUCAUCUUGAGUGCUGUCUCACUUUUUAGUCCUGAGCUUGAGUGGAACGCUUCAUUCUUUGAUGAACCGGUCAUGCUUCUUGGUUUUGUGCUUCUUGGUCGUUCUCUGGAGGAAAGGGCAAGGAUCAGAGCCUCUAGUGACAUGAACGAACUUUUAUCUUUAAUAUCGACUCAAGCGCGACUUGUCAUUACUUCCUCGGAGAGUGAUUCUUCUGCCAAAGAAGUGCUUGCCUCUGACGCUAUUUGCAUUGAAGUCCCUACUGAUGAUAUUCGAGUUGGUGAUACUGUGCUGGUUUUACCUGGAGAAACUGUACCUGUGGAUGGGAAAGUACUUGCUGGAAGAAGUGUUGUGGAUGAAUCUAUGCUUACUGGAGAAUCUCUUCCCAUAUUCAAGGAGGAAGGGCUUUUUGUGUCUGCUGGGACAAUAAACUGGGACGGUCCAAUCAGGAUAGAAGCUACCUCCACAGGCUCCAACUCUACAAUAUCCAAAAUUAUUCACAUGGUUGAAGAUGCCCAAAGUAAUGAAGCGCCAAUACAAAGGCUUGCAGAUUCGAUUGCUGGCCCUUUUGUUUAUAGUGUGAUGACUUUAUCUCUGAUCACAUUCGCCUUUUGGUCAUCAAUAGGAGCAAAAUUCUUCCCUGAUGUCUUGCUGAAUGACAUUGCUGGUCCUGACGGUAGUCCUUUGAUCUUAAGCUUGAAGCUGGCUGUGGAUGUGUUGGUGGUCUCCUGCCCUUGUGCUUUGGGCCUUGCCACACCCACAGCAAUCCUAGUUGGCACAUCUAUUGGAGCAAGACAAGGACUUCUCUUGAGAGGGGGUGAUGUGCUGGAACGCUUGGCCGGCAUAGAUUAUAUGGCUUUUGACAAGACAGGAACCCUCACAGAAGGCAAGCCUACUGUUUCAGCGGUGGCUUCGUUGGCUUAUAGUGCUUCAGAAAUUCUCCAGCUUGCUGCGGCUGUGGAGAAAACAACAUUACAUCCUCUUGCAAAUGCUAUUUUGAGCAAAGCAGAGUCAUGUGGUUUGCAGAUUCCAUCUACAAGUAGACAAUUAACAGAACCGGGUUUUGGAACUUUGGCUGAAGUAGAUGGACGUUUGGUUGCAGUAGGUUCAUUGGAAUGGGUUUGUGAACGUUUUCAAAGGAAGAACCAUUCUGAUAUAACAAAUUUGGAGAGUGCCUUAGAAUCAGCUAAACCAAUUUCAUCGUUGGAUAAAUCAGAAACGGUGGUGUAUGUUGGACGGGAAGGAGAGGGUGUCAUUGGUGCUAUUGCAAUCUCUGACACAUUGAGGCAUGAUGCUGUGGCUACUGUGGCAAGGCUCAGAGGGAUGGGAAUCAAACCUGUCCUCUUAUCAGGUGACAGGGAAGAAGCAGUUGCAAAAGUCGCAAAAAUUAUUGGAAUAAGUGAUGAGCUUGUUCAGCCAUCCCUGAAUCCGCAGCGGAAAUCUCAAUUUAUAUCAGAUAUACAAGCUUCAGGACAUCGUGUUGCUAUGGUUGGUGAUGGGAUAAACGACGCACCCUCUUUGGCGCUGGCGGAUGUUGGGAUCGCUUUGAAAACUGGGAUGCAAGAAAAUGCCGCGUCUGAUGCUGCUUCUAUUGUACUUCUUGGAAACAGGCUUUCACAGGUUGUAGAAGCUGUUGAUCUAUCACGCGCAACUAUGAGUAAAGUACAUCAGAAUUUAUUGUGGGCAGUUGCAUAUAAUGUUGUUACAAUACCAGUAGCUGCUGGUGUACUUCUUCCACAUUUUGAUUUUGCUAUGACGCCUUCUCUAUCAGGUGGGCUCAUGGCUUUGAGUUCAAUUUUUGUUGUCACCAACUCUCUUCUACUACAACUCCAUGGUUCCAACAAAGAGAAGAAAGAACUUGCUUCAGGACUACUGAAACAAGUCUGAUAUUAUAGGUUUUCUUGUUUCAUUGAUAGAGAUGAUACUUUUGACACGAAAAGGCCCCACGUUCAGCUUGCUGUUUUGUUAACUUCGAUGUCUUCUGCGACAGGGUCGCUAUUCUGGCACGUUACCUGCAUAGGAAGAGAGAUUAAAUUCCAAAUUUCAAAUGAUUUUUGUAAACCUGUGUUAAUACAACCCGGGUAUAUUGUAAUAUGUGUUGUAUAUCUUUGGUUACUAGAAAGAGCUUGUCUUCUCCUGUAAUAUGAGCAAAAUUUAACCUAGUUCUAGCUAUUGCAUUAUUCGCAAAGCUUUAUCUCUAUUCUAUAAUGACAUUUUGUAAUUGUAAA